GGGGAUACACGUAUGCAUAGAGCUGAUUCACUUUGUUAUACAUCAGAAACUAACACAACAUUGUAAAGCAAUUAUACUCUAAUAAAGAUGUAAAAAAAAAAAAGAGGAAGAGUGACAAAAAGAAAACAGACAUACAGAGAAAUAAAAGGGACACAUGCGAGACUGUGUCCUUUGAGUGACUGAGAGAGCGGCUAGCCUUAGUUCCUGUUAGCUUUCCAAAAGUUAAAUCUCUCCUCUCUGCUCGUGGGUACUCAGUAUCCAUAAAAUAAAUUCUCUUUUCUGCUUUCAAAAAUAAAAAUAAAACAAUUGUCAUUAAAUUCGUCUUGGAUAUAUACAUUGUAUAUCCAAACACUGGAGUACUUUGUAGCUGUUUUUAAAAAAGAAGGUGAAAUACCUGUAUGUUUUCUGUGGAAAGGGGUUCAUGAUACGUUAUUAAGUGAAAAAAGCAAGUUGCAGAACUAUCUAUAUAGUUUGUUGCCAUUUUGGUAAAAAAAAAAAAAAUACGUACUUUAUGUAUUUCUGAUUGUACAUAUACGGAUGAAAGGAUACUCACCCAAAGUAACUGGUUACCUUUAGGAAGUAGAAUUUUGGGGUGAAAGGCUUACAUUUAAAAAAAUCACUUCAUUGAGGUAGAAUUUUCAUACAGUACAGUAUAGUCCAGUUUGAUGAGAUUGACCGAGUAUAUACAUGCAUACGACUCCCACCUCGGCUCUGGGCCCUGAUCCCCACCCGGGAGUGCUGGUGGCUGUCGCUGUUUUGCUGACUUGCUGAGGCUACUUCUAGAGAGUCUGUCUCUCCUGAAGUCCUGAAAUAGACGCUCACUGAUGUCUCUGCUUGUUGUGGUUUUUAAUUCCUGGUUUUUUCAGCCACUCUUCCUGAGGGGCAGCCAGGCCGGGAUGGCUGAGCAGUGAGCCAAUGACUGGUCACAGGCUGUGCUUAAACACAUUGUGGUGUGGCCUCCACUCUCUACAGGGGGUCUUUGUGUGGGGCUCCAGCCGUCAGCCACUCUUCAGGCAGUUUAUGAGUCUUCCCUGACUCUCACUUUGUUUGAGCGGGGCCUGUGUUCAGCUGCAAGGACCAGGCAACUAGGCCCUCUCUGUUCUCCCCUGAGUGUACACUCACCCUGUGUGUGCACACAGCCUUCCAGAUUCCAGGACCAUGUGGGAGCUCACAGAAGCCUACUGCAUCUGUCCCAUUCCCCAGACCCCCUUUGCAGACUUUUUGCUGUGUCUUACUACAACCAGCAUUGAAGCCUCAGGUAGCUGUGACGUUGGCCUUCCCUGUUUUCGCUUUGUCCCUGGCAUGGGGCUUCUCCGUGGAGUGCUGGAUCGGGCAGGCCCCUCCGGGUCCUCAUGGCUGCGACAUCACAGAACUGGGUGUGCGGGAGGGGAGCAGCCCAGGUUAAAACACCACAGGCGUUGAUGACAGGGAGCCUCCCCGGCUUCAUCGAUGUCGUCAGGAACCUCAAUUCUCCCACACUGCUGGAAGACAACGUGAUCACACGAGCAAAAGCAGCGGGGAAAAGAAUCAUCUUUUACGGAGACGAAACAUGGGUGAAGUUAUUCCCAAAGCAUUUUGUGGAAUAUGACGGAACAACCUCUUUUUUUGUAUCAGAUUAUACAGAGGUGGAUGAUAAUGUUACAAGACAUUUGGAUAAAGUAUUAAAAAGGCGGGAUUGGGAUGUGUUAAUCCUCCACUACCUUGGGCUGGACCACAUCGGCCACAUUUCUGGGCCCAACAGCCCGCUGAUCGGGCGCAAGCUCAGUGAGAUGGACAGCGUCCUGCUGAAGAUCCACACCUCGCUGCUCUCAGAGGAGAGAGAGACUCUGUUACCCAAUCUGCUGGUUCUUUGUGGUGAUCAUGGCAUGUCUGAAGCUGGAGGUCACGGAGCCUCUUCUGUGGAGGAAGUAAACACCGCUAUGAUCUUAAUCAGCUCUGCAUUUGAAAGGAAACCUGGUGACGUCAGACGUCCAAAGUAUAUUCAACAGACUGAUUUGGCUGCAACGCUAUCAAUAGGGCUUGGUCUGCCGAUUCCAAAGAGCAGCGUCGGCAAUCUCAUAUUCCCAGUUGUAGAAGGAAAGCCAAUGAGGGAACAACUGAGAUUUUUACAUUUAAAUACAGUACAGCUUAGCAAGUUGUUGCAGGAGAAUGUUCCAUCAUAUAAAAAAGAGCCUGGGUUUGAGCAGUUUAAAGUGUCCGAAAGGUUGCACGGGAACUGGGUCAGACUGUACUUGGAGGAGAAUAGCUCAGAAGUCCUUUCCAACCUGGGAAGCAAGGUUCGCAGGCAGUACUUGGACGCGCUGAGGGCCCUGAGCCUGUCCCUGAGCAGACAAGCAGCCCAGUAUGACGUCUACUCCAUGGCGGUGGGGACCGUCCUGGUCCUGGAGGUCCUCGCGCUGCUUCUGCUCAGCGGCCCCCGGGCACUGAGCGGCAAGGCCGAGCUGGACGUCCCUCUGCCGUCGCCCGCGUUCUCUCUGCUCUGUUACCUGCUGGCCCUGGGCCUCGUAGCGCUCCACGUCACCGUGUGCACCUCCGCAGGCGGAACGUGCUACCUGUGCAGCCUCCCGUGGCUGAUGGCAGGCGGAGUGAUGGUGCUGAUUUCCACACUGCUCUGCGCAGUCCUGUCUGCCCUCACCGGGAUGUUUGCCGCCGGAAAGCGUCUGAGUAAGAAGCCACCUCAGUGCAACGCAAGGUGGUCGGAGCUAGAUCUUCUCAUCUUGCUGGGGACCGUGGGCCACACGUUGAGUCUGGGCGCAAGCAGCUUCAUCGAAGAGGAGCCCCAGACGUGGUACUUCCUCGUCAACACGCUGUGUCUAGCUCUGUGCCACGAAAUCUACAGAAACUGCUUUCUGGGAGACGACCGUGCGCCUCAGAGUUGCCCGCACGCGGGAGAGGACUUCGACGGGGUCGCAGCGGCCCCACAGGGCAAGAGCCCUGGCCCUGACGUGUGGGAGCUCGACAGAGCGUCCAGGCACCCCUCUCCCCUGGGAGCGCUCAGAGGCCCUGAAAGGUGGAUGGUGCUGGCGAGCCCGUGGCUGAUUCUGACCUGCUGCCGGCUGCUUCGGUCACUGAACCAGACGGGUGUGCAGUGGGCCCACCGGCCUGACCUGGGGCACUGGCUCACCAGCUCUGAUCAUAAGGCUGAACUGUCUGUUCUGGCCGCAGUUUCCCUCAUCAUGAUUUUUGUGUUGGUUCAGAAGAGGUGCUCCCUGGCAUCAAAAGUGGCCAUGGCGUUUGGCCUGCUGGGCAUCUAUUGCUACAGGGUGGCCAUUGGAAAUCUGCUGUUCCCAUGGCAGCAAAACAACAAAGACAUUUCAAAGGGCAUCACCGAAGCUCGUUUUGUUUAUGUCUUUGUCCUUGGCAUUCUGUUCACGGGCACCAAAGGCUUGCUUAAAUCUCAGAUCACUGCUGAUGACUUCACAGUCAAGACCGUGGGCCUCUGGGAAAUAUACAGCGGGUUAGUUCUGCUGGCGGCGCUGCUCCUCAGACCUCACAAUCUUCCCGUCUUAGCCCUGAGCCUCGUCAUCCAGACCAUCAUGACUCAGUUCGUCUGGCGGCCCCUGAGGCACGACGCAGCUGAGGUCACCGUGAUGCAUUACUGGUUCGGUCAAGCGUUCUUCUAUUUUCAGGGAAACUCCAACAACAUCGCCACCGUGGACAUCUCAGCAGGCUUCGUGGGCCUGGACGCCUACGUGGAGAUCCCAGCCAUGCUCCUGACGACGUUUGCGACAUACACGGGGCCUGUGCUGUGGGCCAGCCACCUGGUAAACUUCCUGACCUCAGAAGCCAGCAGCGGUUCGGCGCUGAGUCAUGCCUGCUUCUGCUACGCACUGAUUUGUUCUAUUCCAGUUUCUGCGUAUAUCAUUUUUGUGACAUCCCUGCGUUAUCAUUUAUUUAUAUGGAGUGUCUUUUCUCCAAAACUUCUCUAUGAGGGAAUGCAUCUACUCAUCACAGCUGCUGUCUGUGUAUUCUUCACAGCCAUGGACCAAACCAACACAAAGUCUUAGACUAAGUUAUUAAAAAGAAUAUAUUUUUUAAACUUUACUGUUUACUUCAUGGAUUUGUAUAAUGAAAGAAAUCUGUUUAAAUGCAAGAUCAUUCUUAAAAAAACAAGGUGUGAAUUCUAUAAUGUUGAUAAUAGUUUCCAUUUCUUUGACUACCGUACUUGAAUUUAGGUUAAAUAGUAAGUGGUUUAAAAAGGUCAUUUUGAAAUACUUAGUUCGGAUACGAAUUGUAUUCCCCUGUUGACAAUCACUCCAGAAACUUCUGAACUUUUAAUUUCCUCUGGAUAAGUUACCCAAAUAUAUCUGUUUAAACUGAAGAAUAAAAAGUUUCCAGGUUUGUCACAGUGCACGGGAGCCUCGGAGGGCCUGGGGGCUCUGUGGGACAGGGCUCAUCUGCUGCCGGGGUCCCCUCGCAGAGCUCAGGAACUACCGGGGUCCCCAGCUGCUUGGGUUUAUGUGGGCUACGUCUGUCAGCAUUUAUGGCAUUUAAAAUUAAAACUAAGGCAUUCAAAAAUAUGUAUUCAUUUGAAAAUAAGGUUAUAAACCCAUUGUGUGUUAAUAUAACAUUUUAAAGAAAAAUAUUUUUUCCAAAACAAAAAUAUUGAGCGAGGAGAGUGGCAUUGCUUUACAUUUUUGUAAAUCUAAUGUCUGACUUAAUUGAAGGUGGUUGCAUUCUGCAUCUGUCUGUUGUGGUGUGUGUGUGUGGUUGCAGCAGUCGCACAGAUAUGUCAUUGGAAAAGGGAAGAGUACUUUAAUAUCCUUUUCUGAUCAUCAUGGAUGUUCUUUCUUGAUACUGCACUAAAAUUGGACCUGUGGUAGUUUCUUAAAGGUUAGUUGGAGAAAGAAGAGAUGAGCGUGUGUAAAACAGGUGAAGACCUACUCAGGUCUCACCUGAGUGAACAGACUGGCACCCACGUCCGCUGCCAGGUUUGACAAGGACUGUGGCCAUGUUAGGUACUGUUGUUGGGGAAAGCUGGGUGAAUUGUACGUGGGCCUCUCAGUAAUAUUUUUAUAACUUGUGAGAUUUAAACUUUUCAAAAUAAAAGUUAUUUUAAAAAAGAACAGAUCAGUUGCAUUGUGGAAUCUGCAACCAUAUCACUGAACUUUCAUGCUCUGCUUCAUUAAAAUCCAUUGAUCUGUCUUGCUCCCUGAAUGGAUCUUUUCCAUGAGGGAUCGGUCCGCUUCUGCCAGCAUGUCCUAAGGGACCUGGUGCCCCUGUGCUGAGCUACGGCAGGGAGGUGCACCGUGACCACAGGCAUGGCGGUUUGACCCACUGUUGUUCUUAAUGUGCUUGGUGCCCAUCACAGGCAGCCUGUAGAGUUUAUUCGAAAGAAUGAACCUCUGAUCGUUCUUGCUGAGGUACUAGGAAUUAGAGCCUGAUUUCAGCCCCUGAACAGGUAUUUGCUUCCUGGGUGCCAGCACAUCCUGAGCUCUGGGGAACCUUACUGAACAAAACAGGCAAAACCCUGCCCUCAUGGAGCUGACAUUCUAAUGGAAGAAGGCAGAUAAAACUCAGAUCCAUUGUUCCCUGCUGAGAAGAAAAUAAUAAAGAGGGGAAGUGUGUAAAGAGUGGCCAAAAUGCUGUUUUUAGAGAGGGUGUUCACAAUCAGCUAUUCUGAAGAAGCAACUUUGAGCAGAGCCCUGAACAAAGCGAGGACGAGCUACACCUAGGUCAGCACAGCCCCGCGGCAGGAAGGAGCUGAGGGAGAUGGGCAAACAGGGAGGGAAUGGAGCGGGCUGGCCAGCUGCUGCUGCAAGAGUGCCACAAAGCCAGGACAAAGGGGGACUGACCAGAGUACUGGAGGGGCACGUGCCCCAGGGGGAGCCGCUGAGGAAAGCAGGCAAUGCCCUGUCUGCAAGGCCCUUUGCCUGUGACCCUCCCACCAUCCUGGACUAUUAUUACCAGAACUAACCACAGAUGAAAAACAGGUGUAGAGGCCGAAAAUUCUGUUUGGGGCCACAAAGCUAGUGAAUGUGUGGACAGUCUGAGCAGACACUAUGAGGCUCUGCUGUGGUGAAGGACGUGGGAUGAAGAGUUAAGUGCAAGAGAGCUGGUCCAGGGUCAGUGGCCCUCUGGGCUUAGUGGCCAGCGGAGGGCAGAGCAGCCACCCAGCAGGAAUGCAGAGGAGGAGCAACCUGGGGAUGCAGGCAGUGUGUGAGAACGCUCAGGGUCACCCCCGACCUGGUGUGAGAGGAGAAGUCUCCAGACCUCGCCUCCUGGCCCUGUGUUGGAAAUGGCAGCAUUCCCCCACCCCAGGUGCCCAUCACACCCCCCUCAGUGGCAUAUGCCACCCAUCGAUGCACCCCGUCACCUGGCCUCAGUCACAGGCGUCUCUCGCCUGGGUUCUGAAUAGAGCAGGCCACGGUCAUCUUUGAAAGUAAAAACCAGGCAACAGUGCCCUGGUCAAAACCCUUCUAGGGCUCAUCUCAUUCAUUUAGAACAAAACCCAAGCUCCUGGUCCUGGCCUGUGCCGCCCUGCCCUCACCUCAGCAGAUGCCCUAGUCUGCAGCCUGCACCAGCUCCUUCUGCACACAAGGCAGUGCCCAGUCGUGUGUGGUACGGUUUAUGGAGCUGUGCUUUCCUGCACUGUUUUCUUGACCUUGAACCUUCUUAUUUCUCUUUUUGCUGCCCUCUUCCCCCUCCUCCUUUACCUUCCUAGGGCCUGCCCCACCCCACCUUUUUAAGGAAAAAUAGUAUUUUUUGUCAUUUUUUAAUUGUAAAUACUUCAAACAAUGAAGAAAAACACACCUAUGAUUGUGGAUUUAUGUGUUUCUUAGAUCUGUUAGAUUUUCUUCAUAUAUUUUAAAACUGUUAUUAGACACAUAUACACUGUUUGUUAUAUUUUCCUUAUAUAUCUACUUUGUAUCAUCAUGAAAUAUCCCUAUUUAUCUCCAGUAAUACUCCUUGUCUUAAAUUCUAUUUUGGCUGAUAUUAAUACUGCCACUCCAACUUUCUUAUGAUUACUGUUUGCAUAUAUCUUUUUCCAUCCUUUUAAUUUCAGCCUACUGUGACUCUGUUUAAAGUGGCUCUUGUAAGCUCAAAAUUUGCAUCCUGAUUUUUUAAUCCAGUCUGACAAUCUCUGCCUUGUAAUUGAAAUAUUUAGUCCAUUUACAUUUAAUGUAAUUAUUGAUACAAUUGGAUUUAGAGCUGCCAUUUUUCUCUUUGUUUCAUUUUUGGUCAUUGUUAUCAUUCUUCUGUGUCUCCUUUCUUGUCUUCUUUGGGUUAAUUUAAUACUUUUUAGUGUUCCAUUUUAUCUUCACCAUUGUCUUUAUAUUAAACUAACAGACUAUCUUUUAGAAUAGUUUUUGUUGUAUGGAAAAAUUCAGUGGAAAGUACAGAGAGUUCUCAUGUUACAGUCUCCUCUCUGCACACACACACAGCUUGCUCUAUUAUUAACAUUGUGCGUUAGUGUGGUACACUUGUUACAAUUGAUGAGCCAAUAUUGAUACAUUAUCAUUAGCUAAAGUCCAUAGUUGACAUUAGUGUUCACUCUUUGUCUUAUAUAUCUACUGGUUCUGAGAAAUGUAUAAUGACAUAUAUCUACUGGUAUAUCAUCAUAUAAAAUAAUUUCACUGCCCUAAGAAUCCCUCGUGCUCCACACCCUCCCUGGAGCCCCUGCUCUUUUUAUUGUCUCCAUGGCUGGAAUGAUACAGUCUGUAACUUUCCCAGGUUGGCCUUUUUCACUCAGUCACAUGCAUGUAAGUUUCCUCCAUGUCUCUUUGUGGCCUGAUAGCUCAUUUCCUUUUAGUGCUGAAUAAUAUCCCACUGUUUGGAUGGACCACAGUUUAUCCAUUCACCUACUGAAGGACUUCUUGGGUUCUUCCAAGUUUUGACAACUAUGAAUAAAGUUGCUGUAAACAUCUGUGACUGGCUAGUGUGCUCAGUGGGAUUUCAGCCCCACUUGCCACACACCAAGAUCUUGGGACACAGUGUAGAGCUGCAUGCAGGGACCUGAGCAGAGCAGAGGGAGGUCCCUGGAUAUUAACUGU